AUGGCCGAGAAAUCUAUUUAUGGCCAUUAUUUGCUACCCACCAUAUUCAUCAUCAUCACUGCAUUCAUGUCUUUGGUUACUGCAAACCCUCAAUACGAGUGCCCUUACCCUUGCCUUCCGCCGCCUACUGCCGCUUCAGACUGCCCACCGGCGCUGCCAGUGGCUUCUCCUCCACCACCGCCACCACCACUGCCCUCAAGCCCCAUUUACCACUGCCCUCCUCCUCCGGUGGGCGGAUACUUACCGUAUUUCACUCCACCGGCACCGGAGUAUAUCAACUACAAUGCACCACCUCCGCCUAACCCAAUUUUGCCUUACUUCCCGUUUUACUACAAGAAUCCUCCUCCGCCGGAGCGUUCUUCUGCAGCAUUUAGUGUUGUCGGCUUGCCCAUCAAACUGUGUGUAACAGUCAUAAUUCUACUGCAUUUAUGUUCCUCUUUUUCUUGA